GGGGCAGAGUGUGUGGUGACUGCGAUGGGGAGAGCGCUGGAAAGUGAGGCAGGAGUUGCCCGCCUGUUGGGGUGGUUUUGAACCCAAGGCGGCGGGCCUGGCCUUGGAGGAGCCUGACAAAAGGAGGACGGAGCAGGACAACACAAACGCCUUUCCCCUCAUUGAAUGACUUUACUGUCGAAGCACAGCGCGGCGAUGAAUGGCUUCGGGCCCGACGACGUGGCCCGAGGAGGGGGAGGGCCAGGAGAAGCCCCGCUCCCCGCCCUGGUGGCUAAUGCCGGGGAAGCCCUCCCUCCUCCUCCGCCUCCUCCUCCUCCGUUGCCCCUUCCACCGCCGCCGCCUCCUCCGCCCGGGCUGGGCAUGGCCUCCUCCUCGGUGGCCUCCUCCUCUCCAUCAGCCUCCUCGGGGGCCAUUCCGGCCGCCGCCUCAGGCCCCGGGGCGGGCCAGGUAUGCUGCCUGCGGGAGGAAGGCGAGCGGUGCGGGCGGGCGGCGGGCAACGCCAGCUUCAGCAAGCGCAUCCAGAAGAGCAUCUCCCAGAAGAAGGUCAAGAUCGAGCUGGACAAGAGCGCAAGGCAUCUUUAUAUUUGUGAUUUCCACAAAAACUUGAUUCAGAGUGUCAGGAACAGAAGAAAGAGAAAAGGUAGCGACGAUGAUGGUGAUUCACCGGUACAAGACAUUGACACUCCAGAGGUUGAUCUGUUUCAGUUGCAAGUAAACACACUAAGAAGAUACAAAAGGCACUUCAAGUUACAGACGAGACCAGGACUUAACAAAGCACAGCUUGUUGAAAUAAUUGGAUGUCAUUUUCGGACUAUUCCAGUGAAUGAAAAGGACACCCUAACCUAUUUCAUCUAUUCUGUGAAGAAUGACAAGAACAAAUCUGAUCUAAAAUUGGAUAGUGGUGUUCACUAAAUAAGCAAACCGGAGACUUGCAAACUUAAAGACUGUUUCGGAAUGGCUGGACUGUAGCUGGUAUUCAUAUGGAGAAUUCUGAUGUUAUUUUCUUGGGGGAAAUACUGAUCAAAAUGAGAUUUCCAUGGUAAAAAUAUUUUAAAUAAAUACUGUUGAUGUUC